GAGUUUGAUGAGAUUGCUGCCAUGGCUACAGAGCUGGCGGAAGCCGAGUUCAGCAACAAAGCCAUUUUCGGAACGACUGAAGGAAUUGAAGAGCGGAAGGCCUUGCUGUUGCAGGAGGUGCAGGAAGAAAUUCAACGCGCGCGUGACGACAAU